UAUUUUUUCGCGCAUUUUCAAAAUUUUACAAAAAUAAAAAACUUUUAAACACAAAUUUUCCAUCUGAGCUGAUCUAAACAACACAUGUCUGAAAUAAACAUAUUCUUAGUUAGUUCAUGAAUUGAUUAUAAAUAACUUUAUUUAGAUGGUUCUGUUAAUGUACACAACUGUACCAGAUAUGCGGUAUCUAAGAAGAAAGGUGGUCUAGGGAGAAAGGGAAUACACGGAAAUCAUCACCUUUGCAUGAAGGAGAAAUUUCCUAAGAAGACGAUGGUUUUUGCUGGAACCUGGGAUGGACGAAUAUUUGAUGUUCUGUUUGUGCGGGGAACAAUGAACUCAGCUAGUUAUCAAGCACACGUUAAAAACGUGUGCAUUCCUAAGCUGAAGCAGGAAAAUGGAGGCAGUCUACAAGGAAUAACAUGGCAGCAGGAUGGCGCUAAUAUUCAUCGUAAUCCGAAAUUCAUGGACUACCUUGACAAAGAAUUUGAUGGCCACGUUCUAGGCCUUGGAGCAGACCUUAAUGGCCGUGGUGGUCACAGCUGGGCACCACGGUCCCCUGAUCUUACUGUUCUAGACUUUGCCAUUUGGCCAAUUAUGAAAAGCAGGGUAUAUCUCCAUCCAAGGCCAACUACUCUAGAGGAGUUGGAGGAGAAAAUCCUUCAGGUGGUAAGGGAACUAAAUGAGGACCCAGACCUUAUUAGAAGGUGUCACCAAUCCGUAAAGAAAAGAGCACAGUUGUGCCUGGAGAACAAUGGUUCUCAUUGUGAAUACACUAAAUAAUGUAAAUAUGUCUAUAUAAGGAUUUUUUACUGUAAUCGUAGUCUAAAUAUUUUUUUAAACUGUAAUAAUGUAAUGU